CGAAGCUUCCCUCGUUAUCCCCGUCCCUCCUCUCCUGCAAUUGAGUCCCAUCUCCGGUAGAUCUGGUCUCCCUUCUUCCGUGUCGGCGUCGAACUUGUCUUUUGAGUUCUUAACUUCUCAUCUUCCUUUCAUAUCUCCAAUUGCUUCUCUGACACGAAUUCUUUCCAUCCGAAGUACCCCGCGCAUUGAUCAUCUGCGAAAAAUGGAUCUCGUCAACCACCUCGAAGGAAGACUUCUCUUCGCCGUCCCCAAAAAGGGUCGCUUGCAACAGUCCACUUUGGACCUCCUGGCCGGUUGCGACAUCCAAUUCCGUCGCGAAACCCGUCUCGACAUCGCGCUGGUCAAGAACCUCCCCAUCGCCCUGAUCUUCCUCCCCGCUGCCGACAUCCCGACCUUCGUCGGCGAGGGUCGCGUUGACCUGGGUAUCACCGGCCGUGACCAGAUCGCCGAGCACGACGCACAAUUGGCACUCGGUGAGACGUCCCAGGUGGAGGAGAUUCUGGACCUCGGAUUCGGAGGCUGCAAGCUGCAGGUGCAGGUUCCCGAGAAGGGCGACAUCUCGGAGGCCAAGCAAUUGAUUGGCCGGAACGUUGUGACCAGCUUCACGGCUCUGACGGAGGCCUUCUUCGCCGGUCUGGAGAGUGAGGGCGAUGCUAGCAAGCUGGCGCGUGCUGACGGUGGCUUCGACAUCCGCACCAAGGUCAAGUACGUCGGCGGUAGUGUCGAGGCUGCUUGCGCCUUGGGCGUGGCCGAUGGAAUUGUGGAUCUUGUCGAAUCCGGUGAGACCAUGAAGGCCGCCGGCCUUAAGGCCAUUGAUACCGUGGUCGAGAGUACCUCCGUCUUGGUAAAGGCCAAGAACACGCAGAACCCUCUCGUUGAGCUGAUCGCUUCUCGUAUUCGUGGUGUCAUCACCGCUCAAAAGUACGUCCUGUGCCAGUACAACAUCCCUCGCUCCGAGCUUGCCACCGCUUCCUCCAUCACCCCCGGAAAGCGCGCUCCCACCGUGACCGCCCUCGAGGAGGAGAACUGGGUCGCCGUCAGCUCGAUGGUCGAGAAGAAGAAGAUCGCCACCGUUAUGGACGAGCUGACCAAGGUCGGCGCUUCCGACAUUCUGGUCUUGAACAUUGCCAACUCCAGAACUGGUUAAAGAGUUAUGGUUAAGAUUUUCUAAAGAUACGUGAAAGACUUUCUUCUUUCUUUCUCUUCUUUUUGCCCAUUUUUCUUAUCUCCGCAUGUGAUGAUAUAAUUUUUUUUUCUCCCUCUUUUAUUUUUGGGUCUUUGGACUUUUGUUGUUGGCAUCAGGCGUGCUUUUUGAUUCAUGUGUCGUUCUACGUAUACUCCGAGAUAUUCAUUUCUUAUUCUUUCUUAUCUCUCUCUUUUCCCUCUUCUUUGGUUCAACAUGUUCCUCUCUUCCUGGUUGAAGCUUUACAUCUUCUUCACCAUCUUGUUUCCUUCCUAUCUAAUCUUCAAGACUAUUUGGAGGAUUUAAGGAAAGGAUAUGAUCUAUAGAUCACAAACAUAGACAUU